AUGUAUGAGACAAAACUAUUAGCUGGGGAAGGUCCUCACGGAUUCACAGAGACUGUUAGUGCUGAAUAUAAGAAUCCAUUUUGCAUGGACGACAAGCGUUUCUCAUCCUUCAUGAAGCUAAUAAGAGUAUCAGCAUGGAUUCUGAGAUUCAUUAAGAGACUAAAGAGAGUGAAGUCAUCCUCUGGUCCUUUGACUGAGACAGAGUUGAGCAUGGCAAAGACACUUUGGAUAAAGAGUAUCCAAACCCAGAGCUACAGUGAUGUAAAACUUGCGUUAACAGAAAAGAAGAGACAUAAUUUGAUUAACCAGUUAGGAUUAACAUUAGAUCAAGAUGGAAUUAUUAGAUGUGUUGGCAGACUAGGAUCUGCACACUUGACUGAGGGAGCUAGGACACCAAUUUUAUUUCCUAAGAAAAGUCAUGUAACAGAUUUACUGAUAGAAAGUUACCAGAGAAAAUCCAUGCAUCUUGGAGUAUCUCAGACCCUGUCUAUGGUUCGUCAGACAUACUGGAUUCCACAAGGACGUUCGGAAGUGAAAAGAAUUCUGCGGAGAUGUACAAUCUGCAAGAGACAUGAAGGAGGACCAUACAGAAUGCCUAUUAUGCCGCCCUUACCUAGAAAGAGAGUAAAUGAGUCCUUUCCAUUUACCUACACUGGAGUAGACUAUUUUGGUCCAAUAUAUUUGAAAACAGAUGGCGUCACCAAGAAAGUAUUGGUGUGCUUGUUUACCUGUUCAGUGGUUAGAGCCACCCAUUUAGAGCUUAUGCAAGAUAUGUCCACAGAAGAGUUCCUUCAUGGAUUGAGACGAUUCAUAGCUCGAUUGGGAAAGCCGAAGCAACUCAUUUCAGAUAAUGCUUCACAAUUCAAGCUGGCCAGUAAUAUCUUAGAAGAAACCUGGGCCUCAACAGUCAGAGAUCCAGGUGUUCAGAGCUAUAUCGCAAAUGAAGAUAUCAAGUGGCAAUUCAUAGUAGAGCUUUUACCAUGGAUGGGUGGUUUCUAUGAGCGUCUUAUUGGAAUGGUAAAGAGAUGCCUUCGGAAAACAAUUGGGAAGCUGAGUCUUACCAACGAACAAUUAAGAACUCUUUUAGCAGAGACAGAAGCAGUGGUAAAUUCAAGACCAUUGGUUUAUGUAGGAGAUGACAUCAACUCCAACAUAAUUCUUACCCCUGCUCACUUCCUGACACUGAAUCCUAAAACUGGUAUCCCAGAUAGUAAUGAAGAAGAUACAGAGGAUCCCGAGUAUUUACCCAACAUCAGCAGUGCCGAGAAGUUAUUGCAGACAUGGAAGAAAGGACAGAAACAUUUAGAUGCUUUUUGGAAAACUUGGCGCGAUGAAUAUCUGCUAGGUUUACGAGAAAGAACAAAAUACAAACUAAAAGAAUGA